AUGCAGCCCUGCUUCCCCUGCUUCCGGCCAGCCCACCCGUCGCCCGUCGCUACUCUCCGGCCAGCAACCGACUCUACCCCACUUCCGGCCAGAGUCCACCGCCGCAUCCCACCCAAGCCACCACCGCUGCCCGGAGACGAUGCUACCAGCAUCCCACUCCGCCGCAGCCCUGCUCCUCUUCUCUACCGCCGCUGCAGUGCAACUCCUUCUCCACUACCACCGCUGCUUCCCGGCCGAUCAAUCACCACUGCCCGCCUCCCAACCGCAACCCUAGCCGUGCCCCCCCUUGGGUCGCAGCCGCAGCCGUCGGUUGCCGCAGCCCCUCGUUGCAACGGUUAUAGAAACAGUGUUCCUCUAUUGCCGCAGCCCCUCGUCGAUCGCAACCGCACCUCCACCAGCCACGCCGCCUCCAGCACUCCUCUUCCCCUCCAGCGCCAUCGCCGCCCAGCUGACCCAUCACCGCUGCGGGGCACCGUGCAAUGA